UUUAAAUUUAAAGGCGGGGCGGCCCGUGCGCCCUGAAGCGUCGGCCGCGGAGGGUCCUCGCCUUUUUCCUGGGACCUGUUCAGCCUAACACGAUGGCGGAGGAAGGAGCCGUGGCCGUCUGCGUGCGAGUGCGGCCGCUGAACAGCAGAGAAGAAUCACUUGGAGAAACUGCCCAAGUUUACUGGAAAACUGACAGUAAUGCCAUUUAUCAAGUUGAUGGAAGUAAAUCCUUCAAUUUUGAUCGUGUCUUUCAUGGUAAUGAAACUACCAAAAAUGUGUAUGAAGAAAUAGCAGCACCAAUCAUCGAUUCCGCCAUACAAGGCUACAAUGGUACUAUAUUUGCCUAUGGACAGACCGCUUCCGGAAAAACAUAUACCAUGAUGGGUUCAGAAGAUCAUUUGGGAGUUACACCCAGGGCAAUUCAUGACAUUUUCCAAAAAAUUAAGAAGUUUCCUGAUAGGGAAUUUCUCUUACGUGUAUCUUACAUGGAAAUAUACAAUGAAACCAUUACAGAUUUACUCUGUGGCACUCAAAAAAUGAAACCUCUAAUUAUUCGAGAAGAUGUCAAUAGGAAUGUGUAUGUUGCUGAUCUCACAGAAGAAGUUGUAUAUACAUCAGAAAUGGCUUUGAAAUGGAUUACAAAGGGAGAAAAGAACAGGCAUUAUGGAGAAACAAAAAUGAAUCAAAGAAGCAGUCGUUCUCAUACCAUCUUUAGGAUGAUUUUGGAAAGUAGAGAGAAGGGUGAACCUUCUAAUUGUGAAGGAUCUGUUAAGGUAUCCCAUUUGAAUUUGGUUGAUCUUGCAGGCAGUGAAAGAGCUGCUCAAACAGGAGCUGAAGGUGUGCGGCUCAAGGAAGGCUGUAAUAUAAAUCGAAGCUUAUUUAUUUUGGGACAAGUGAUCAAGAAACUUAGUGAUGGACAGGUUGGUGGUUUCAUAAAUUAUCGAGAUAGCAAGUUAACACGAAUUCUCCAGAAUUCCUUGGGAGGAAACGCAAAGACACGUAUUAUCUGCACAAUUACUCCAGUAUCUUUUGAUGAAACCCUUACUACUCUCCAGUUUGCCAGUACUGCUAAAUAUAUGAAGAAUACUCCUUAUGUUAAUGAGGUAUCAACUGAUGAAGCUCUCCUGAAAAGGUAUAGAAAAGAAAUAAUGGAUCUUAAAAAACAAUUAGAGGAGGUUUCUUUAGAGACGCGAGCUCAGGCAAUGGAAAAAGACCAAUUGGCCCAACUUUUGGAAGAAAAAGAUUUGCUUCAGAAAGUACAGAAUGAGAAAAUUGAAAACUUAACACGGAUGCUGGUGACCUCUUCUUCCCUCACAUCACAACAGGAAUUAAAGGCUAAAAGAAAACGAAGAGUUACUUGGUGUCUUGGCAAAAUUAACAAAAUGAAGAACUCAAACUAUGCAGAUCAAUUUAAUAUGCCAACAAAUAUAACAACAAAAACACGCAAGCCGUCUAUGACUUUAUUAGGAGAAAUUGAUGAAUCUGUUUGUUCAGAGUCUGAUGUUUUCAGUAACACUCUUGAUACAUUAAAUGAGAUAGAAUGGAAUCCAGCAACAAAGCUACUAAAUCAGGAGAAUAUAGAAAGUGAGUUGAACUCACUUCGUGCUGACUAUGAUAAUCUGGUAUUAGACUAUGAACAACUACGAACAGAAAAAGAAGAAAUGGAAUUGAAAUUAAAAGAAAAGAAUGAUUUGGAUGAAUUUGAGGCUCUAGAAAGAAAAACUAAAAAAGAUCAAGAGAAUGAACUAAGUUCAAAAGUAGAGCUGCUUAGAGAAAAGGAAGACCAGAUUAAGAAGCUACAGGAAUACAUAGACUCUCAAAAGCUAGAAAAUAUAAAAAUGGACUUGUCAUACUCAUUGGAAAGCUUUGAAGACCAAAAACAAAUGAAACAGACUCUGUUUGAUGCUGAAACUGUAGCCCUUGAUGCCAAGAGAGAAUCAGCCUUUCUUAGAAGUGAAAAUCUGGAGCUGAAGGAGAAAAUGCAAGAACUUGCAAGUACAUACAAGCAAAUGGAAAAUGAUAUUCAGUUAUAUCAAAGCCAAUUGGAGGCAAAAAAGAAAAUGCAAGUUGAUCUGGAGAAAGAAUUACAGUCUGCUUUUAAUGAGAUAACAAAACUCACCUCCCUUAUAGAUGGCAAAGUUCCAAAAGAUUUGCUCUAUAAUUUGGAAUUGGAAGGAAAGAUUACUGAUCUUCAGAAAGAACUAAAUAAAGAAGUUGAGGAAAAUGAAGCUUUGCGGAAAGAAGUCAAUUUGCUUUCAGAAUUGAAAUCUUUACCUUCUGAAGUAGAAAGACUGAGGAAAGAGAUACAUGACAAAUCUGAAGAGCUCCAUGUAAUAACAUCAGAAAAAAAUAAAUUAUUUUCUGAAGUAGUUCAUAAGGAGAGUAGAGUUCAAGGUUUACUUGAAGAAAUUGGGAAAACAAAAGAUGACCUAGCAACUACCCAGUCAAAUUAUAAAAGCACUGAUCAGGAAUUCCAAAAUUUCAAAACCCUUCAUAUUGACUUUGAGCAAAAGUAUAAGAUGGUCCUUGAGGAGAAUGCGAGAAUGAAUCAGGAAAUAGUUAAUCUCUCUAAAGAAGCACAAAAAUUUGAUUCAAGUUUGGAUGCUUUGAAGACCGAGCUUUCUUACAAGACCCAAGAACUUCAGAAGAAAACAUGUGAGGUUCAAGAAAGACUAAAUGAGAUGGAAGAGCUGAAGGAACAAUUAGAAAAUAGAGAUUCUACACUGCAAACUGUAGAAAGGGAGAAAACACUGAUUACUGAGAAACUGCAGCAAACUUUAGAAGAAGUAAAAACUUUAACUCAAGAAAAAGAUGACCUAAAACAACUCCAAAAGAGCUUGCAAAUUGAGAGGGACCAACUCAAAAGUGAUAUUCACGAUACUGUAAACAUGAACAUAGAUACUCAAGAACAAUUACGAAAUGCCCUUGAAUCUUUGAAACAACAUCAAGAAACAAUUAAUACACUAAAAUUGAAAAUUUCUGAGGAAGUUUCCAGGAAUUUGCAUAUGGAGGAAAAUACAGGAGAAACUAAAGAUGAAUUUCAGCAAAAGAUGGUUGGCAUAGAUAAAAAACAGGAUUUGGAAGCUAAAAAUACCCAAACACUAACUGCAGAUGUUAAGGAUGAUGAGAUAAUCGAGCAACAGAGGAAGAUAUUUUCUUUAAUACAGGAGAAGAAUGAACUCCAACAAGUGUUAGAGAGUGUUAUAGCAGAAAAGGAACAAUUGAAGACUGACCUAAAGGAAAAUAUUGAAAUGACCAUUGAAAACCAGGAAGAAUUAAGAAUUCUUGGAGAUGAACUUAAAAAGCAGCAAGAGAUAGUUGCACAAGAAAAGAACCAUACCAUAAAGAAAGAAGAAGAGCUUUCUAGGACCUGUGACAGACUGGCAGAAGUUGAAGAAAAACUAAAGGAAAAGAGCCAGCAACUCCAAGAAAAACAGCAACAACUUCUUAAUGUACAAGAAGAGAUGAGUGAGAUGCAGAAAAAGAUUAAUGAAAUGGAGAAUUUAAAGAAUGAAUUAAAGAACAAAGAAUUGACAUUGGAACAUAGGGAAACAGAGAGACUUGGGUUGGCUCAGAAACUUAAUGAAAAUUAUGAGGAAAUGAAAUCUAUAACCAAAGAAAGAAAAGUUCUGAAGGAAUUACAGGAGUCAUUUGAAACAGAGAGAGACCAACUUAGAGGAUAUAUAAGAGAAAUUGAAGCUACAGGCCUACAAACAAAAGAAGAACUAAAAAUUGCUCACAUUCACCUAAAAGAACACCAAGAAACUAUUGAUAAACUAAGAAGAAGUGUAUCUGAGAAGACAGCUCAAAUAACAAAUAUUCAGGACUUAGAAAAAUCCUAUACCAAAUUACAAGAAGAGAUCCCAGUGCUUAAUGAGGAACGGGAGUUACUUCCUAAUGUGAAAGAAGUCAGUGAGACUCAGGAAACUGUGAAUGAACUGGAGUUAUUAAAAGAACAGUCCACAAUCAAGGACUCAACAACACUGGCAAGCAUAGAAAUGGAAAGGCUCAAGUUGAAUGAAAAAUUUCAAGAAAGUCAGGAAGAGAUAAAAUCUCUAACCAAGGAAAGAGACAACCUUAAAAUGAUAAAAGAAGCCCUUGAAGUUAAACAUGACCAGCUGAAAGAACACAUUAGAGAAACUUUGGCUAAAAUCCAAGAGUCUCAAAGCAAACAAGAACAGUCCUUAAAUAUGAAAGAAAAAGACAAUGAGACUACUAAAAUUCUGAGUGAGAUGGAGCAAUUCAAACCCAAAGAUUCAGCACUACUAAGGAUAGAAAUAGAAAUGCUCAGAUUGUCCAAAAGACUUCAAGAAAGUCAUGAUGAAAUGAAGUCUGUAGCUAAGGAGAAAGAUGACCUACAGAGGCUGCAAGAAGUUCUUCAGUCUGAAAGUGACCAGCUCAAAGAAAAUAUAAAAGAAAUUGCAGCUAAACACCUGGAAACUGAAGAGGAACUUAAAGUUGUUCAUUGUUGCCUGAAAGAACAAAAGGAAACUAUUGAUGAGUUAAGAGUGAAUAUUUCAGAGAAGGAAACUGAAAUAUCAACCAUUCAAAAAGAAUUAGAAGCAAUCAAUGAUAAAUUACAGAACAAGAUCCAGGAGAUUUAUAAGAAAGAGGAACAACUUAAUAUAAAACGAAUUAGUGAGACUCAGGAAAACGUGAAUGAACUGAAACAAUUCAAGGAACAUCUCAAAGCCAAGGAUUCAGUACUACAAAGUAUAGAAAGUAAGAUGCUCGAGUUGACUAGCAGACUUCAAGAAAGUCAAGAAGAAAUACAAAUUAUGAUUAAGGAAAAAGAGGAAAUGAAAAGAGUACAGGAGGCCCUUCAGAUAGAGAGAGACCAACUGCAAGAAAACACUAAAGAAAUUAUAGCUAAAAUGCAAGAAUCUCAAGAAAAAGAAUAUCAGUUUCUUAAGAUGACAGCUGUCAAUGAGACUCAGGAAAAAAUGUAUGAAAUAGAACACUUGAAGGAGCAAUUUAAGACCCAGAAGUUAAACCUGGAAAACAUAGAAACGGAGAAUAUAAGGUUGACUCAGAUACUACAUGAAAACCUUGAAGAAAUGAGAUCUGUAACAAAAGAAAGAGAUGACCUUAGGAAUGUGGAGGAGACGCUCAAAGUAGAGAGAGACCAGCUCAAGGAAAACCUUAGAGAAACUAUAACUAGAGACCUAGAAAAACAAGAGGAGCUAAAAAUUGUUCACAUGUAUCUGAAGGAGCACCAAGAAACUAUUGAUGAACUCAGAGGGAUUGUUUCAGAGAAAACAAAUGAAAUAUCAAAUAUGCAAAAGGACUUAGAAAACUCAAAUGCUGCCUUAAAAGCACAGGAUCUGAAAAAACAAGAGGAACUAAGAAUUGCUCACAUGCAUCUGAAAGAGCACCAGGAAACUAUUGACAAACUCAGAGGAAUUGUUUCUGAGAAGACAGAUAAAAUAUCAAAUAUGCAAAAAGAUUUAGAAAAUUCAAAUGCUAAAUUACAAGAAAAGAUUCAAGAACUUAAGGCAAAUGAACAUCAACUUUUUAAGUUAAAAAAAGAUGUCAAUGAGAAACAGAAAAAAGUGUCCGAAAUGGAGCAACUAAAGAAACAAAUAAAAGACCAAAGCUUAACUCUAAGUAAAAUAGAAACAGAGAACUUAAAUUUGGCUCAGAAACUUCAUGAAAACCUUGAAGAAAUGAAAUCUGUAAUGAAAGAAAGAGAUAAUCUAAGAAGAGUAGAGGAAACACUCAAACUGGAGAGAGACCAACUCAUGGAAAGCCUACAAGAAACCAAAGCUAGAGAUCUGGAAAUACAACAGGAACUAAAAACUGCUCAUAUGCUAUCAAAAGAACACAAGGAAACUAUUGAUAAGCUUAGAGAAAAAAUUUUAGAAAAGACAACUCAAAUUUCAAACAUUCAAAAGGAUUUAGAUAAAUCAAAAGAUGAAUUACAGAAAAAGAUCCAAGAACUUCGGAAAAAAGAACUUCAUCUGCUUAGAAUGAAAGAAGAUGUCAAUAUGAGUCAUAAAAAAAUUAAUGAGAUGGAACAGUUGAAGAAGCAAUUUGAGGCCCAAAACUUAUCUAUGCAAAAUGUGAGAAUGGAUAACUUCCAGUUGACUAAGAAACUUCAUGAAAGCCUUGAAGAAAUUAGAAUUGUAGCUAAAGAAAGAGAUGAACUAAGGAGGAUAAAAGAAUCUCUCAAAAUGGAAAGGGACCAAUUCAUAGCAACCUUAAGGGAAAUGAUAGCUAGAGACCAACAGAACCACCAAGUAAAACCUGAAAAAAGGUUACUAAGUGAUGGACAACAGCACCUUACAGAAAGCCUGAGAGAAAAGUGCUCUAGAAUAAAAGAGCUUUUGAAGAGAUACUCAGAGAUGGAUGAUCAUUAUGAGUGCUUGAAUAGAUUGUCUCUUGACUUGGAGAAGGAAAUUGAAAUCCAAAAAGAGCUUUCAAUGAGAGUUAAAGCAAACCUCUCACUUCCCUAUUUACAAACCAAACACAUUGAAAAACUUUUUACUGCAAACCAGAGAUGUUCCAUGGAAUUCCACAGAAUCAUGAAGAAACUUAAGUAUGUGUUAAGCUAUGUUACAAAAAUAAAAGAAGAACAACAUGAGUCCAUCAAUAAAUUUGAAAUGGAUUUUAUUGAUGAAGUGGAAAAGCAAAAGGAAUUGCUAAUUAAAAUACAGCACCUUCAACAAGAUUGUGAUGUACCAUCCAGAGAAUUAAGAGAUCUCAAAUUGAACCAGAAUAUGGAUCUACAUAUUGAGGAAAUUCUCAAAGAUUUCUCAGAAAGUGAGUUCCCUACCAUAAAGACUGAAUUUCAGCAAAUACUAAGUAAUAGGAAAGAAAUGACACAGUUUUUGGAAGAGUGGUUAAAUACUCGUUUUGAUAUAGAAAAGCUUAAAAAUGGCAUCCAGAAAGAAAAUGAUAGGAUUUGUCAAAUGAAUAACUUCUUUAAUAACAGAAUAAUUGCCAUAAUGAAUGAAUCAACAGAGUUUGAAGAAAGAAGUGCUACCAUAUCUAAAGAGUGGGAACAGGACUUGAAAUCACUGAAAGAGAAAAAUGAAAAACUAUUUAAAAACUACCAAACAUUAAAGACCUCCUUGGCAUCUGGUGCUCAGAUUAAUCCUACCACACAAGACAAUAAGAAUCCUCAUGUUACAUCAAGAGCUACACAGUUAACCACAGAGAAAAUUCGAGAACUGGAAAAUUCACUACGUGAAGCUAAAGAAAGUGCUAUGCAUAAGGAAAGCAAGAUUAUAAAGAUGCAGAAAGAACUUGAGGUGACUAAUGACAUAAUAGCAAAACUUCAGGCCAAAGUUAAUGAAUCAAAUAAAUGCCUUGAAACAACAAAAGAGACAAUUCAAGUACUUCAGGACAAAGUUGCUUUAGGAGCUAAGCCAUAUAAAGAAGAAAUUGAAGAUCUCAAAACGAAGCUUGUGAAAAUAGACCUAGAGAAAAUGAAAAAUGCCAAAGAAUUUGAAAAGGAAAUCAGUGCUACAAAAGCCACUGUAGAAUAUCAAAAGGAAGUUAUAAGGCUAUUGAGAGAAAAUCUCAGAAGAAGUCAACAGGCCCAAGAUACCUCAAUGAUAUCAGAACAUACUGAUUCUCAGCCUUCAAAUAAACCCUUAACUUGUGGAGGUGGCAGCGGCAUUGUACAAAACACAAAAGCUCUUAUUUUGAAAAGUGAACAUAUAAGGCUAGAAAAGGAAAUGUCUAAGUUAAAGCAGCAAAAUGAACAGCUAAUAAAGCAAAAGAAUGACUUGUUAAGCAAUAAUCAGCAUCUUUCCAAUGAGGUCAAAACUUGGAAGGAAAGAACACUUAAAAGAGAGGCUUACAAACAGGUAACUUGUGAGAAUUCUCCGAAGUCUCCUAAAGUGACUGGAACAGCUUCUAAAAGGAAACAAAUUACACCCUCUCAAUGCAAGGAACGGAAUUUACAUGAUCCUACGCCAAAGGAAUCACCAAAAUCUUGGUUUUUUGAUAGCCGAUCAAAGUCUUUACCAUCACCUCAUCCAGUUCGCUAUUUUGAUAACUCAAAUUUAGGUCUUUGUCCAGAGGUACAAAAUGCAGGAGCAGACAGCGUGGAUUCUCAGCCAGGUCCUUGGCACGCCUCCUCAGGAAAAGAUGUGCCUGAGUGCAAAACUCAGUAGACUCCUCUUCGUCACUUCUCUGGAGGUCCAGCAUUCCUUGUUUGGAAAUGACUUUGUUUAUGUGUCUGUCCCUGGUAAUGAUGUCGUAGUGCAGCUUAAUUUCAAUUCAGGCUUUACUUUGCCACUAGAGUUGCAAGAUAAGGGAAGAGGAAAUGAAUGCAUUGUGGUAAUUUAGAAUGGUGAUAGCAAUAGCUUCUUCUUCUUGCAUAUGGUAAUACUUUUAAAAGUUGAAUUGUUUUAUUUAUUUGUAUAUUUUGUAAAGAAUAAAGUUAUUGAAAGCAAUGUAAAGUUACCUACAUGACUUAGCAUAUUCCAAAGCAUAACACAUACAUUACUAUAAAACAAUUUAUUAACAAAAUUGUAAACAUUUUUAAUACCUUACACAUUCAAUAAAUGUUUAGUAGUUCUGAAUCACCA